AUAUAAUAUCCAAACCAAAAUCAAACAAAACCCGUCCGCUGCCGCCUGCUCGUCGUCCGCACAAAUGGAGCUCUCCUCCGUCCUGCCCUCCCUGUGCCCGCGCCGCGCCCUUCCGCUCUCCCCUAUCUCGGCGAGGUCGCGGCGGACGACCGCCUUCGCCUGCCGCUCGGACGCCUCCCCUGAGGGGACAGCCUCCCGGCGGUGGUUCGCCUCGCUCGUCGCCGCCACCGCAGCCGUAGGGAUUGGCGUCGCCGGGGGAGGGGAAGCCGAUGCCGUGUCUACCAGUAGGAGAGUUUUUAGGGCCUCCAAGAUUCCGGAGAGCGACUUCAAAACUCUUCCUAAUGGCCUCAAGUAUUAUGACAUCAAGGUAGGAGGUGGGGCUAAGGCUGUAAAGGGAUCCCGUGUCGCAGUACAUUAUGUGGCCAAGUGGAAGGGCAUAACAUUCAUGACAAGCAGGCAGGGUCUCGGUGUCACUGGUGGAUCGCCAUAUGGGUUUGAUGUUGGGAAUUCUGAAAGAGGCAAUGUUCUCAGAGGAUUGGAUCUUGGGGUUGAGGGAAUGAAAGUUGGAGGCCAGAGGUUGCUUAUUGUUCCUCCUGAACUUGCUUAUGGGAAAAAGGGCGUUCAAGAAAUUCCUCCAAAUGCAACUAUUGAGCUGGAUGUUGAACUACUAUCAAUCAAGCAAAGUCCAUUUGGGAGUCCUGUGAAGAUCGUUGAAGGAUAAUUGUGCAUGGACAUUUGCAGAAAAUGGUGUAUAUUAAACAUGCUGUAGAGUAUUACUGCAAAAAUAAAGGGCUAGAUGAAUCAAAUGUUUGUGCUGUUGUUGCGUACACAAGUGCAUAAUCAUGUAAGGUUUGAACUUCACUGCUUUGUUCAAUUGGAGAUCAAGCAAAUUCUUCUCAACUGUAAAUUCGAAUUUUCCAGUGCAGCAUUCAGAAGACUCUCUUUUCCUCGGCA